UCUUCUCUUCAAAAUCUCUUUUUUUCUCCUCUUUUGGAUCUCACAUAGCGAAACCUCUCAGUGAUUUGAGGUUCUCGCAUUAAUGGCGGGUUUUUAGGGCCUCGUUGUCUCUGCGGUUAUUCAUUUAUGGAUUCAGUCUCGCGGUUUUAGUAUUCAUGGUUUCAUGAGGAAUUCGUUUUUAUGGAUUUGUUGGUGCAGCGCGGAAGAGAGGCUUUUUCUGUGGUGAUGCCAAAUUGUGUGGAUUUGGCCAUCGUUUGAUUGAGUUUCGUGUCCUGUGGUUGCUGGCUGGACGGGAAGCUUGCUUACAAGUCGCUGGAAGCUAUCCCUGAUCCAUCAAUGGCUGAAGAGGCUAACACUUUUUAUGUAGUUCGGAAAGGGGACAUCUUUGGUGUUUAUCAAAGUUUAAGUGAUGUUCAAGCUCAAAUUAGUUCUUCGGUUCAUGAUCCUUCUGUUAGAGUGUACAAGGGUUACGUUUUAAAGAAGGAAACAGAGGAAUAUCUUGCUUCUCAUGGCCUUAAAGAUGCUUUGUACACUGCAAAUGCAGCAGAUGUGAACAACGAUACAUUUGAAAAACUCACGCCUUGUCCUUUCACUCAACCCGAUGGACGUACAAUUUUGGCUGAUAAAGGACCUCAGAAGGUGUCUUCUCAGCAUAAAUCAAAGAUGGCAGUGAACAACUCUCAGAGGUCAUGCAUUCUUGAAUUUGAUGGUGCUUCAAAGGGAAAUCCUGGAAAAUCUGGUGCUGGAGUGAUUCUUCGAGCACAAGAUGGAAGUGUAGUUUCUAGAAUCCGUCAAGGCUUGGGCUUUGUCACCAACAAUGUUGCUGAAUAUCAAGCCUUAAUUUUAGGACUGAAUUAUGCUCUUAGUAGAGGUUUUAUGCAUAUUGUUGUGAGAGGUGACUCUCAACUUGUUUGUAUGCAGGUACAAGGUCGCUGGCAGACAAAGAAUCAGAAUAUGGCUGAAUUGUGUAAAGUGGUCAAACAACUCAAGGAAAGGUUUAUUUCAUUCCAGAUCAACCAUGUUCUGAGGGAGUUUAAUUCAGAUGCUGAUGCUGAAGCGAACAAAGCUGUACAUCUUCCUGCGGGUGAAAUUCGCGAAGAUUUCAGCUAGUCUAUACAAAGCAAUCAAUAAUAUUAGUUCUAUCAUAUCUCUGUGGUUGUUGAGAUAGAACUGGAAGUAAAUCAGGAGAUGGAAACCAAUUUCUUUGGACCAUGGCUGCUGAGAUAGACAUCAGAAACUGACCAUAAAAUCAAGCAAUGGAAUGUGCGCUACUGAUUGUAAAUUGUGGAAAACAACUACUCUCUGCUCUUAGUUCUGCACUUAAAAUUAGUGGGAGUGACCAUUAAGUGUGAUAACAUUACAAGUGUUAGUUUUGCUUAGCCAAACGGUUUGAAAUGACGAGUUAGUUUUUGACUGCA